AUCUGCUCUCAUUGUAGCAUCCUCUACCUCUAGCUGCUAGCUAGUAGCUGCUCCUUGCUCUGCAUCAACAUAGAUGGCUGUGCCAAAGCAAGUUCAGAUCGUCCUGUUCGUCACAGUGAUCCUUGCUGCAGUGGCUGUCCAUGCACAGAGGGAUACCUGUGGUGCCGAGCUGAACACCUUCCUGCCGGCGCCUUUCAAUUCAUCCAGGCUCCUCUGCAGAUCAGUCUGGAACGGCUUCAUACUCAGGUAUUCACAUUUGCAGAUUGAAGAUGACACCACCAACAUUGUACUUUCAGCACCCUAUUCAUCUGGAUGGGUUGGAAUUGGUUUCUCAAAUGAUGGGAAGAUGGUUGGGUCCAGUGCCAUGGUUGGCUGGAUUGAUAAUCAAGGGAGAGCAUACAUCAAGCAAUACUACCUAAGUAGUCAGGCUAGUUCAGGAGUGAAGGUAGAUGAAGGCAAGUUGCCCACAACAGAUGUUCAUUCUGCAGCUGUGCUCUAUGGAGAUAAUAUUUACUUAGCAUUUCAAUUGAAAUCCCCUCUUCACAUUGCUCGACAGUCCGUAAUUUUGGCUUUGUCAAAGGUAUCACCAAAUAAGUUCCAUCUUGCAGAACAUGAUGACAAAACGACUCUGUCUUUUGACUUCUCAUCAGGUGAUUCUGUUAGUACUUAUUAUUAUCCAUACCGACUGAAGAGGAACCAUGGUGCAUUUGCAAUUUUGGGCUGGGGUGUUCUGGUACCACUGGGAGCAAUUGUUGCUCGUUAUCUCAGACAUAAGGACCCACUCUGGUAUUACCUUCAUGUUCUUCUGCAAUUCAUGGGUUACAUCAUUGGGCUUGCCGGUGCUGUUUCUGGCAUUGCUCUGUACAAUAGAACUCAUUCAAAUUUUACUACACAUAAAAGCCUUGGCUUUUCAGUUCUUGCCCUUGGUUCUCUUCAGGUUAUUGCAUUUUUCAUCCAUCCUGAUAAGGAUUCUCAAGUACGGAAAUGUUGGAACCAGUGCCACCAUUGGUUAGGCAGGCUUUGUAUUUUCUUGGCAGCCAUUAACACUGUUCUUGGCAUUGAAUCAAGUGACACCAACAUCUCAUGGAAAGUGGGUUAUGGAGCUGUAAUUUCUGUUUUGCUGAUAAGUGCCACAUGCCUGGAGAUCGUGAUGUGCACUAGGUUGUCCAAGGAAGGCACUUGUGCCGGUGGACUCCAAAUGCCAAAUCAUCAUCACACAUUGACUGUAACCUAGUUUGUUUCUGAUAUGACAAAAAAAUUUAAAAUUUUCUGGUGGUUUUUGUUUACUGAUGUGAGAAAUAGUCAGCCUACUAGUAUUUUUUUGUGUUCAUACGUGCCAGUGUAUUUCUUUUUAUAAUUUUCCCCUUUAAUGAAGAAGAGAGUGAUAUUUUUAUGAAUC